AUGGGACCAAAGAAGGGCGGCAAGGCUGCCCAGGCCAAGGGCUCGGAGGCUGAGGAUCUGAUCGAGGAGUAUCUGGUGUCUCAGUACAAGCCGUUUGCGAUCAAUGACAUAGUGCAAAACUUGCACAACAAAGUCGGCAAGACGGCGGCGAUCAAGGCGUUAGAGAACUUGGCGAGCGCCGGGAGGAUCACUACAAAGAGCUUUGGCAAGAUUGUGAUCUAUGCGUGCACCGAGCAGGACUUGGUGCUGCCCGAGGGCGUCGAUGCCGCUCAGUACACACCGGAGGCUCUGAGCCAGUGGAGGGCUGAGCUGACGGAGGUCGAGAAAGAUCGUGCUGCCGCCCAGGAGGAGUAUGAUCGGGUUAUGAAGGAGCCGCCCAACGAGGAGCUGCAACUUUUGAUCGAGCGGAAUGAGCAGACUGUGGAACGGCUACAGGCGGAGCUUGAGGAAUUACAAACAAACUGGGAGCCAGAGGACGAGCUUGUGGUCAAGCAGCUGACCGCGGCAGAGACGAAAGUGGAAAAGGAGAUAGCCGCGAGGUCUCGCAUGGUGAAGAACCUGCUGUCGCUAGUGAAAGAGACGGUAAGACCGUCGAAUAUGGCCGAGUUUCUGGUAUGUAGAUGUGAUAUCGGGGGAGGACCAGAUAAUCGCUACUAA